AUGGAACCGAUAAAGAGCUGCCCGUCAACACCCACCAGACAUGAGACAGAAAAGGCAGCCCCGGACCUUAAGGAUCUGAUCUGGAGAGAGGAGUUGAUUACCGAUCUGGAUCGGGAAGGAUGCAGCAAGCGGAUCGUGGAAUGUAAACUGAAUGCGGAAGGUGAAGGAAGCUGGUGUCGCGGUGCACUGGAAAGACCUGUUGGAACAUGGUCUGUAGACCCAAAAGAGUCUGUCACAGCGACGCGCACAUCGUACCGUGUUGGUGCUGAGUAA